AUGAGCCUCGGAUAGAGAUUCAGAGAGAGAAAAAGAGAGAACAAAGGAAAUAGAGAAAGAGAAGAGUUUCUAGCACAAAAUUUUUUCCAAUAAUAUUCGCUAUUUUCUUUCGCUUCUUCUGCUCACCUUCUCCGUCUCCUGAUCACAUACACAUUUUUUGUUUUAUUUCUUUGAUCUUGUUUUCCCGGAAAACUUUCUGGGUCGCACCUGUUUUUAUACAAGGAUCCGCAUAUCUCUCAGGAACCAAUCACACACGUUUCCAAGUUUUUUGGUCGUUCAUCGUCCUUGUCUUCUUCUUCUUCUUUCCUUUUUCCUUUGUUUUUGUGGAUUUCUUCGUUUUUCCUAAUUGUUUUCUUUCAUGGGAUUAUUCUUUUAACUUAAAAGAUCAAGGAAGAGAAAAACUCCUAGAUAAUAGUUUGUCCAGUUUGAGUUAGUAGGAGUUUAAAUUUAGAGAUUUCUUCACCACUUCUGAGCCAAUCCAAGUGAUCAAACAGCAGAAUUUUUUUUUUUUGGUGUUUGAGAGAGUUUAAAAGAGAGAAAAAGGGAUCUGAUGGCUAAGUUUGGAGGGAAAUGGCGGGUUUUGAGAUCCAUUUUAACGCUAUCCUUAAACUUUAUGUUAGCUUUCGUGCUUGUUUCAGCCGAGAGAGGCUUGAAGCGUGAAUUUACAGGAGUACCUGCUCAAACUGAUGAGGGUCUGUCAAGUUUAUUUCUCAAAGCCGCUAAUUUCUUAUGGCAACCUAAUGAAUCAGGGUAUCAUCAUGUUUGGCCGGAAAUGAAAUUUGGUUGGCAAAUUGUUUUGGGUACUAUUGUUGGAUUCUUAGGAGCAGCAUUUGGUAGUGUAGGUGGGGUUGGCGGAGGUGGCAUUUUUGUUCCCAUGCUAAGUCUAAUUAUUGGAUUUGAUCCCAAAUCCGCAACUGCAAUCUCUAAAUGUAUGAUUAUGGGUGCAGCAGGAUCAACCGUUUACUAUAACCUUAAGCUAAGGCAUCCAACAAUUGAUAUGCCUAUCAUUGACUAUGAUUUGACUCUGCUUAUCCAGCCAAUGCUUAUGCUGGGAAUUAGUAUAGGUGUUGCUUUCAACGUGAUAUUUGCAGAUUGGAUGGUCACAAUACUGCUUAUUAUUCUAUUUGUAGGCACAUCAACCAAGGCAUUCUUCAAGGGUGUGGAGACGUGGAAAAAAGAAACAAGAACGAAACAGGAGGCUGCUAAGCGUUUAGAAUCAAAUGGAGGUGGUCAAGUCGAAUACAAGCCUCUUCCUAGUGGCCCUGAAAAGGAGACAAAGGAAGCAGAGGUUACUAUUCUUGAGAAUGUUUACUGGAAGGAACUUGGGCUUCUUGUUUUUGUGUGGGUUGCAUUCCUUGCAUUGCAGAUUGCAAAGAGUCAUAUGACUACUUGUUCAACAGCAUACUGGAUAGCGAACUUGUUACAGGUUCCAGUUUCUGUUGCCGUGACAUCAUACGAGGCAGUGAGCCUUUAUAAAGGACGGAGGAUCAUAGCAUCCAAAGGAGAUGAUGGCACAAAUUUCAAAGUGCACCAGCUUGUACUUUACAGUGCCUGUGGUGUACUGGCUGGAGUUGUUGGUGGGUUGCUUGGACUAGGGGGAGGAUUCAUUAUGGGUCCACUAUUUUUGGAGUUAGGAAUCCCUCCUCAGGUGUCAAGUGCAACAGCUACUUUUGCAAUGACUUUCUCCUCAUCCAUGUCUGUUGUAGAAUACUACCUUCUGAAACGUUUUCCAGUUCCUUAUGCUGUUUACUUCAUAGCUGUGGCUACACUUGCAGCCUUAAUAGGGCAGCACAUAGUGAGAAGAUUGAUCAUUAUGUUUGGAAGGGCAUCCCUUAUCAUCUUCAUCCUUGCUUUCACCAUUUUUGUUAGUGCAAUUUCACUCGGCGGCGUUGGCAUAUCAAAUAUGAUAUGGAAGAUUAAGCAUAACGAAUACAUGGGAUUUGAGAACCUCUGCAAAUAUGAAUGAUAGUUCAGUGUUCAAGGUUCCCAGAUGCUGUAAUUAUUUGUUGAUGCUAUAACAUGGUUUGGGCAAGUUCUUAGGCGGCUAUAACCGUUCUAUGUAUAAGGGUUGUAUUAUGACUAUUGAUUAUGGUAGGUUUCAUGUAGUUCAUAUGCAACCAUUAUAUACUCCACUGUUGUAUGGAAUAAUUUUUCGUGUUGGUGAGAGGAAGGGAUGAUCACCAACUGGUUUUAUUUUUCUUCUUUGAACUUCAUUGUAUACGCUUUCGAUUCAUACUUCUAGCAAUUGCUUUUU